GGCGGUGAGGGCGGCGGGUGCGGGAGCGACGGCAGCGGCCGCGGCCGGAGGAGCUCUAACGGCAGCCGUGGCGGCCACGGGGCGGGGCACGGCGGUCGGCGACCGCGGCCGGGGCUGCAGGCGGCGGAGCGGCUGGUUUUGAAUAUACUAAUACUGAAUCAGCACUUCUAAAGCCCGCCCUUCUCCCACUGGCUUCACUUGGCCUUCAGACAUAAUGAGGAGACUGGCUUUUCGAGGCGCUGGUUGUGCUCUGGUAAAGCUGAAGAAGUUGGAUUCCAUGGGUUCCAAGAGAAGAAGAGCUACCUCCCCUUCCAGCAGCGUCAGCGGGGACUUUGACGAUGGGCACCAUUCUGUGUCCACACCAGGUCCCAGCAGGAAAAGGAGGAGACUUUCCAAUCUUCCAACUGUAGAUCCUAUUGCUGUGUGCCAUGAGCUCUACAACACCAUCCGAGAUUAUAAGGACGAGCAGGGCAGGCUCCUGUGCGAGCUCUUCAUUAGAGCACCCAAGCGAAGAAAUCAACCAGACUAUUAUGAAGUGGUUUCUCAGCCCAUUGAUUUGAUGAAAAUCCAACAAAAACUAAAAAUGGAGGAGUAUGAUGAUGUUAAUCUGCUGACCGCUGACUUCCAGCUUCUGUUUAACAAUGCAAAGGCCUAUUAUAAGCCAGAUUCUCCUGAAUACAAAGCUGCUUGCAAACUAUGGGAUUUGUACCUUAGAACAAGAAAUGAGUUUGUUCAGAAAGGAGAAGCAGAUGAUGAAGAUGAUGAUGAAGAUGGGCAAGACAAUCAAGGCACAGCAACAGAAGGAUCUUCUCCAAGCUACUUGAAGGAGAUCCUGGAGCGACUUCUUGAAGCCAUAGUUGUAGCCACAAAUCCAUCAGGACAUCUCAUUAGUGAACUUUUUCAGAAACUGCCUUCUAAAGUGCAAUAUCCAGACUAUUAUGCAAUAAUUAAGGAGCCUAUAGAUCUCAAGACCAUUGCCCAGAGGAUACAGAAUGGAAGCUACAAGAGUAUUCAUGCAAUGGCCAGAGAUAUAGAUCUCCUAGCAAAAAAUGCCAAGACUUACAAUGAGCCUGGUUCUCAAGUAUUCAAGGAUGCAAAUUCUAUUAAAAAAAUAUUUUAUAUGAAAAAGGCAGAAAUUGAACAUCAUGAAAUGGCUAAGUCAAGCCUUCGAAUGAGGACUUCAUCAAAUUUGGCUGCAGCCAGGCUGACAGGUCCUUCGCAUAGUAAAGGCAGCCUUGGUGAAGAGAGAAAUCCCACUAGCAAGUACUACCGCAAUAAAAGAGCAGUCCAAGGGGGCCGACUGUCGGCAAUCACCAUGGCACUUCAGUAUGGCUCAGAAAGCGAGGAGGAUGCUGCUUUAGCUGCUGCACGUUAUGAAGAAGGAGAGUCAGAAGCAGAGAGCAUCACGUCUUUUAUGGAUGUUUCAAAUCCUUUUUAUCAGCUUUAUGACACAGUUAGGAGCUGUCGGAAUAACCAAGGGCAGCUGAUAGCUGAACCCUUUUUCCACUUGCCUUCAAAGAAAAAAUACCCUGAUUAUUACCAGCAAAUUAAAAUGCCCAUAUCACUACAACAAAUCAGAACCAAGCUAAAGAACCAAGAAUAUGAAACUUUAGAUCAUUUGGAGUGUGAUCUGAAUUUAAUGUUUGAAAAUGCCAAGCGCUAUAAUGUUCCCAAUUCAGCCAUCUAUAAGCGAGUUCUAAAAUUGCAACAAGUCAUGCAGGCAAAGAAGAAGGAGCUUGCCAGGAGAGAUGACAUCGAGGACGGGGACAGCAUGAUUUCAUCAGCCCCCUCUGACGCUGGAAGUGCCAAAAGAAAAAGGAACACUCUUGACAGUGAGAUGUUGGGUCUCAGGAGGCUCUCCAGUAAAAAGAAUAUAAGAAAGCAGCGCAUGAAAAUCUUGUUCAAUGUUGUUCUUGAAGCUCGUGAGCCAGGUUCAGGCAGAAGACUUUGUGAUUUAUUUAUGGUUAAGCCAUCCAAAAAAGACUAUCCUGAUUAUUAUAAAAUCAUCUUGGAGCCAAUGGACUUAAAAAUAAUUGAGCAUAACAUCCGCAAUGACAAAUACGCAGGGGAGGAGGGAAUGAUAGAAGACAUGAAGCUGAUGUUUCGGAAUGCCAGGCACUACAACGAGGAGGGCUCCCAGGUGUACAACGAUGCACACAUCCUUGAGAAGUUACUCAAGGAUAAGAGGAAAGAGCUGGGCCCGCUGCCUGAUGAUGACGACAUGGCUUCUCCCAAACUCAAGCUGAGUAGGAAGAGUGGCAUUUCUCCUAAAAAAUCAAAAUACAUGACUCCAAUGCAGCAAAAACUGAAUGAAGUCUAUGAAGCUGUAAAGAACUAUACUGAUAAAAGGGGUCGCCGCCUCAGUGCCAUAUUUCUGAGGCUUCCCUCCAGAUCUGAACUGCCUGACUACUAUCUGACCAUUAAAAAACCCAUGGACAUGGAAAAAAUCCGAAGUCACAUGAUGGCCAACAAAUACCAAGAUAUAGACUCCAUGGUUGAGGACUUCGUCAUGAUGUUCAACAAUGCCUGUACGUACAAUGAGCCUGAAUCUUUGAUCUACAAAGAUGCCCUCGUCCUUCACAAAGUCCUGCUUGAAACUCGGAGAGACCUAGAGGGAGAUGAGGACUCUCAUGUCCCAAAUGUGACCUUGCUGAUUCAGGAGCUUAUCCACAACCUUUUUGUGUCAGUCAUGAGUCAUCAGGAUGAUGAGGGAAGAUGCUACAGUGACUCCUUAGCUGAAAUUCCUGCUGUGGAUCCCAGCUUUCCCAACAAACCUCCUCUUACUUUUGACAUAAUUAGGAAGAAUGUUGAAAGUAAUCGCUACCGGCGGCUUGAUUUAUUUCAAGAGCAUAUGUUUGAAGUACUGGAAAGGGCAAGGAGGAUGAAUAGGACAGAUUCUGAAAUAUAUGAGGAUGCAGUAGAACUUCAGCAGUUUUUUAUCAAAAUUCGUGAUGAACUAUGCAAAAAUGGAGAGAUCCUUCUUUCACCAGCACUCAGCUACACCACGAAACAUUUACAUAAUGAUGUGGAGAAAGAGAAAAAGGAAAAAUUACCAAAAGAAAUAGAGGAAGAUAAACUAAAACGAGAAGAAGAAAAACGAGAAGCUGAAAAGAGUGAAGAUCCCUCGUGCGCUACGGGCCUCUCAGGCUUACAUCGCACAUACAGCCAGGACUGCAGCUUCAGGAACAGCAUGUACCAUGUUGGGGAUUAUGUCUAUGUGGAGCCUGCAGAGGCCAGCCUGCAACCACAUAUAGUCUGUAUUGAGAGACUGUGGGAAGAUACUGCUGGUGAAAAAUGGUUGUAUGGCUGUUGGUUUUAUCGGCCAAAUGAAACAUUCCAUCUGGCUACACGAAAAUUUCUAGAAAAAGAAGUUUUUAAGAGUGACUAUUACAAUAAAGUUCCUGUUAAUAAAAUUCUAGGAAAAUGUGUGGUCAUGUUUGUCAAGGAAUACUUUAAAUUAUGCCCAGAAAACUUUCGUGAUGAGGAUGUUUUUGUCUGUGAAUCACGGUAUUCUGCCAAAACAAAAUCUUUUAAGAAAAUUAAACUGUGGACCAUGCCCAUCAGCUCAGUUAGGUUUGUCCCUCGGGAUGUACCCUUGCCUGUGGUCCGAGUGGCCUCUGUAUUUGCAAAUGCAGAUAAAGGGGAUGACGAGAAGAACACAGACAACUCAGAGGACAGUCGAACUGAAGACAGUCUUAACUUGGAAAAGGAGAAAGAAGAUGUCCCUGUGGACAUGGCGAAUGGUGAACCUGGUUGUCACUACUUUGAGCAACUCCGCUACAACGACAUGUGGCUGAAGGUUGGCGACUGUGUCUUCAUCAAGUCCCAUGGCCUCGUGCGCCCUCGAGUGGGCAGAAUUGAAAAAGUAUGGGUCCGAGAUGGAGCCGCAUAUUUUUAUGGCCCCAUCUUCAUUCACCCAGAAGAGACGGAACAUGAGCCCACAAAAAUGUUCUACAAAAAAGAAGUGUUUCUGAGUAAUCUGGAAGAAACCUGCCCCAUGACAUGUAUUCUGGGAAAGUGUGCUGUGUUGUCAUUCAAGGACUUCCUCUCCUGCAGACCAACUGAAAUACCAGAAAAUGACAUUCUGCUUUGUGAGAGCCGCUACAAUGAGAGUGACAAGCAGAUGAAGAAAUUCAAGGGACUGAAGAGGUUUUCACUGUCUGCUAAAGUGGUAGAUGAUGAAAUUUAUUACUUCAGAAAACCAAUUGUUCCUCAGAAGGAGCCCUCACCUUUGCUGGAAAAGAAGAUCCAGUUGCUGGAAGCUAAAUUUGCUGAGUUAGAAGGUGGAGAUGAUGAUCUGGAAGAGAUGGGAGAAGAGGACAGUGAGGUCCUCGAGCCUCCAUCUCUCCCUCAACUGCAGACCCCUCUGGCCAGCGAGCUGGACCUCAUGCCCUACACGCCCCCUCAGUCUACCCCAAAGUCUGUCAAAGGCAGUGCGAAGAAGGAAGGCUCCAAACGGAAAAUCAACAUGAGUGGCUACAUCCUGUUCAGCAGUGAGAUGAGAGCUGUGAUUAAGGCCCAGCACCCAGACUACUCUUUUGGGGAGCUCAGCCGACUGGUGGGGACAGAAUGGAGAAACCUGGAGACGGCCAAGAAAGCAGAAUAUGAAGAGCGGGCAGCUAAAGUUGCUGAGCAGCAGGAGAGAGAGAGAGCGGCCCAGCAACAGCAGCCGAGUGCUUCUCCCCGAGCAGGCACCCCUGUGGGGGCUCUCAUGGGGGUGGUGCCACCACCAACACCAAUGGGGAUGCUCAAUCAGCAGUUGACACCUGUUGCAGGCAUGAUGGGUGGCUAUCCGCCAGGCCUUCCACCUUUGCAGGGCCCAGUUGAUGGCCUUGUUAGCAUGAGCAGCAUGCAGCCACUUCACCCCGGGGGGCCUCCACCCCACCAUCUUCCGCCAGGUGUACCCGGCCUCCCGGGCAUGCCACCACCGGGUGUGAUGAGCCAGGGAGUGGCUCCUAUGGCAGGGCCCCCAGCGCCAGGUGCAAGCCCAUACGGACAACAGGUAGGAGUUCUGGGGCCUCCAGGGCAGCAGGCCCCACCUCCGUAUCCUGGCCCGCACCCGGCUGCCCCUGUCAUACAGCAGCCUUCAACACCCAUGUUCGUGGCUCCCCCACCGAAGACCCAGCGGCUCCUCCACUCAGAGGCGUACCUCAAAUACAUCGAGGGGCUCAGCGCAGAGUCCAGCAGCAUCAGCAAGUGGGACCAGACCCUGGCAGCUCGAAGACGCGAUGUCCAUUUGUCAAAGGAGCAGGAGAGCCGCCUGCCCUCCCACUGGCUGAAGAGCAAAGGGGCCCACACCACCAUGGCGGACGCCCUCUGGCGCCUCCGGGAUCUGAUGCUCCGAGACACCCUCAACAUCCGCCAAGCAUACGAUCUAGAAAAUCUUUAAUCACAGCAAUUCCAUUUCUUUUAUAGAAGCAUAAAGAGUUUUGUGGAACAGUAGCCUUUUUAGGUACUGGGGGUGGGGGAGGAACAGAGGAUGAUAAUUUUUAUCACAUUUUACUGUACAUCACAAGGCCAUUUUUAUAUAAGAACACUUUUAAUAAGCUAUUUCAAUUUGUUUUUGUUAUAUUAAGUUGACUUUAUCAAAUACACAAAGAUUUUUUUGCAUAUGUUUCCUUCAUUUAAAACCAGUUUCAUAAUUGGUUGUAUGUGUAGACCUGGAGUUUUAUCUUUUUACUUACUGCCAUGGAACUGAAACCAUCAGAGGUUUUGUCUUGGCUUGGGGUUUUUGUUUUUUUGUUUGUUUGUUUGUUUUUGUAUAAAAGAAAAAAACAAAAUGAAAAAAAAUACAUGAGAGUUUACAGUAUAGUUUAAGUUGACAGUGAAAUGUGAAGUUGGUCCUCAUUUACAUCUGAGAGGGAGUGUGUGCUUGUGUCUGUUUCAUGUACCUGAGCAUCUUAAGCCACUUUUGUAAAAACUGCUUCUUUCAGGUGAAGUGAAAGGUGGUGGUUUAGGUCGUAGACGUCUGGCAGAUGUGGCACAUCUGCUCUGUUAAUUCAGAGGCUCGCUCCAGAGCCUGCAGCCAGCCCCGUGCAUCCUUCUGCGGGGCUCGCCUCCCGGGCCCCUGCUGGGGCGGUUCUGUCUGGGCUGGGGCAGACAUCCUUGGUGUCAGCGGAUUUUGCAGAAUGUAUACACAGCCCUGAAUUUCACUUAGUCUUGGCAGGUAAGUGUGUAAGGGUACUUUUGAUCUGUUUAUAAGGAAUCCACAGUUUAUGCCUACACAAGUUAGAUGACUUACACUUUUAAAUCUCUUACAUUGAAAAACAUUGAAAUCCAUCUUGAAGAAAGCAUCGGGUUGUGUCUGGAGGUGAUUUAUUUUUAAACAUAGCGCCUAACCUAAUAAAGGGAAGGGACCAGAACCGGACGUGAGCAGCAGCAGCACAGUUGGAAAAGGGGGGCGUUGCCCACCUAUGCUAAUGUGCUUUAGCAUUCUUUAUUUCCUCCUCAGAUGUGGCAUUUUUUUUUCUAAGUUUCAGGGUCAUGAUUCUCAACCAGAAAUUUAGGACUUGGUAAAAUAUUUUAUAAAUUUAUCUUGUGCUUUUGACUUUCAGAAGAAAGGAAUCAUAAUUUAAGAAAAUGCUCACUAAAAAGACCACUGUAGAUACCAGACUCAGGGUUCUGGUGACCCUGUCUGUCUCACAUGACCCUAGAAUAAACCUGUGGAGGCAGUGCGUGAUGCUCAGACAGGCAAAAGGCAGCCAGUGUGGACGGUACCAACUGGUACUUUUUGAAACCCGCUUUACUGUAACGGUGGUUGCUGGGUGGUGGAGCUUCCACUGCUGUCUGUAAAUUGUCUGAUUCUCAGUAAGCUUUCCUCAUUUUUAAUCUGUUAUGAAUCAACACCUGGAUGUUGAAUUACCAUUCUUACUAAAUCAUGGGGAGAAAAGCGUGUAGAAUGGAAAAAGUCUCUUGUAUCUAAGUACUUUAAUAUAGGAGGCCCUUGUAACUUAAUUGCCUAUAGUCAACCACUGGAUCUCAGUUUGCAUCAAGUAAAUAAUUCUGGGUCUUUAAAAAUGUGUCGCAGUAGUGUGUCAGUGCCUCACUGUUAGAAUGGGUCAGAUGGACAUCAUCAGUUCCUGGUUGUUCGGGCCAUUGAACCGUCAUGGGCUGUAUGAUACAAUCAGAUCGUUUUAUCUCUAGACAUCCUUGAAUCACACCAAAGAACCUGAAAUUUAAUGUUGGCUAAGUUAUUUAUUUAUUUCAUGCACCCAUUUUAUUUUCCUUUUUAAGGUCUGGAUGAGACUUCUUUGGGAAGCCUCUAAAAACUCUUCGUGCAGGCUCUGGGGGGCACUGGAAGCCAGAGCGCUCCUCCUCCGGGCUCCUUCCCAGAGGCACGAGGCCCUGGAGGAGCCACAGGGGUGGCCAGGGGCUUCCCUAAGGCAGUGCAGAGCUGGGCCGGGGGCCACUGGGCAGGCCCUAAUUUAAAAAAAAAAAAAAGUAUUUAUUUUAGAAUCAUGUCUUUCUGUAUAUUAACCUGGAGAAUACCAGUCAAUAUUUAGGAUAUAAGACGAGGUCAGCCAUCUUCCAAGAAAAAAAAAAAACUAAAAAAGACAAAGUCCUAAUGAGAAAGUACUAAUAAACUAUACAUCUUUUUUCUUUUGCCAUGAAUUUUAGGAACUGUAGUAUGGCUUAGAAAAUAUAAUAGCCUAACUGUUUCCAAAAUGUAAGUUCAUAUGGAAAAGAAUUUUGUUUAUGUGGGAAAAAAACCUACAGGUUUAAAAUAGUAUGUCAGCCAGUUGAUUUAAAAGGCCUUAAAUUGCUUUGUUUUUGAACCCACCCUUCUCUUUCUUCCUAUGAGGAAAAAUUGAGAAGGGACACUUCUUUGUGUAAAAUCUCCAAACUGGUGUCGUUGACUUUUGAACAUUGUCGCUUGAACAUUUUCAGACCUGAUUGAAACAUGGUUUAUUCUAAUUUCUGUAUCAAAAGAGGUUUAAGUGGUAACUAGUCUUAUAACAUGUAUGUAUCAUAUGUUUGUUCAUUUAAAGCUUUUUAAUCCAAAUAAAAAUGGAGUUUGCAAAGUGA